UUAGGUUACCGUCCUAUUCCAACAGACCCUUACCUGGGAGGGAAUUCACCCUUGCCACCCCCUGUAAGUGACAGGAUGAGAAAGAGACGGGCUUUUGCUGAUAAAGAGUUGGAGAACAUUAUGCUAGAGAGAGAGUAUAAAGAGAGAGAGAUGAUGGAAGCUACACAAGCAGCUGCCCUUUUCCUCCCUAACCGCAUGGUGCAUGGAGCUGAAUACAACCCGUAUAAAACAGCCUUCAACACUACUCAAGUUGAUACUCCGAACAAGGAGUUUUGCAAUUUUUUACCAACCUGCCUUGAUCUAACCAUGCAGUAUUCAGGAUCCAGCAACAUGGAACUAAUUUCUUCAAAUGUCAGUGUAGCUACUACCUACAGGCAAUAUCCCCUGUCCUCUAGGUUCUUAGUGUGGCCAAAAUGUGGCCCCAUUAGCGAUGCUCUCCUCUACCAGCAAUGCCUGUUAAAUGCUACUACUGUCCAAGCUCUCAAACCUGGGGCAGGUUGGGAUGCCAAGGUCUCACAAAGUCAGGACUGUCCGAACACUGAGCAUGACAUCAUGUCUCCAAAACUGGAAAAUUCACUCGUUCUGUCCCAUACACAAGAUAUUCAGCAGCCAGGUAAUGAGAUACCGUGUCUUCCUCAGGAAGCUCGUGAGAGGUCAGCUUUCUCUCCUCCAAAAAGGACUUUCUCUCAGAUUUCUGAGAAGGAUUCUCUGGCUCCUCAGGAACAGAUACUAAGCAAGAUCAGCAAAGACAGUACCAAGCCCUCUCCACCGCCCAAAUACAAUCCAUUUCAGUCACUGUUCCAGCAAACAUUUCCUGACAGAUCAGGAGCAGAGUUGAGAACAUCAUUUGUCAAAGAGACUUUUGAAGAUGCUUCUAAGAAAUACAGAGAUUGUGCCAUUAAAGAGAACCAAAAGUACAAGUUCACAAUAGAAAAAUCAGCAAAAGACUUCUUUGGGGCCAAACAGGCCACAACAAAACUUUCAACAGCUGAGCCACUGUCAUUUUCAGUUGAAUCCAUCCUUAAACGACCUUCUUCUGCAGUUGCUAAUGUCUCUCAAUGA